GUAACCUUAAUGUUCAAAUAUGUGGAAAUAAUAUUUCUUACUGAGUGAUAUCCCAAUAGUAGGCGACGGUUCAUCGCACGAUUUGCAGGAGGAGCCAAGCUGGUAUCGCGGGCCUGGAAGCCAGCUAGGAGAUAACAACAAUGUUGGAUAGCUGUAGUUGAUCACACAAUGAUUGCGUCGAGGGAGUUGUUUCACCUAUGCCCUUCUUGGAGUGGGCUCGGAGCCGACAGCCAGUCGCAACAUCUGCCUGCGAGCCCCGCCCCGGCUCCCAGGACGGCUUCCUCGCAUCGCCACCCUCACCCUCUCCAUCAACCACCCGGAUCCCGGACGUCCUGCCGCAUAUGCGGCUGCUACCAGUGGCAGUGCGAACACCGCCAUGGACUCGCCGCCCAUUGCCAUCACCACCACCACCACCACCGCCACCACCACCUGGGCUCCGUUACUGCCUCAGCCUUAUUCGGAGACCACUCCGCACCUCACCACCCAGCAGCAGUUUCGGAAGCAGUCCUGGCAGGCGGGAGUGGGGAGCCGCAGGUGCAGCAGCAGCAGGAGGAGGAGCAGCAGCAGGUGGUGGAGAGGGGCGACGGCGGGCAGCGGCAGGAGCUGAAGGUACCGGUGCGGGGUCCUGCUGCCCUGUGCGAGUGCCGCAGCGCUGGUAAGGGCGAGGGCGAUGUCGGCGCGGGCGACGUCAACACAGACGAGGUCAGGGCAGCGCAGGGUGGCGGGGGCCUAGAGCGCCCGCACCGGCAGCCAGAGCACCACCACCCGCACCAGCACCAGCACCAGCAGGGGUAUGCUGGGCAGCAGCAGCAGCCGCACCAGCCGCCGCCGCCGCAGCAGCAGCAGCCGCCCUCGCUAGUGUCUGAGUCGCUCGAGCCCCACCAUGCCUCAAGCGAUCGUCAACCCACACCCCUGCGCGAAUGGGACCCCGGACCACCUCCUCCUCCUGCUGCUGCUGUUCUUCCUGCUGCUGCUGCUGCUCCUCCUCCGUGGGGCGCACCAGGGCGCCACGGAGGAGAGCAGACCGGCGGCGGCUUGCGGCAGGAGGCAUGGGCCCCGAACCAAACGAGUCAGGGUGAUAGCGACAAUGCCGGUGGCGGUGCCGGUGGUGGUCCAAACAACGCACAUGUUUCGCAGCAGUCCUCAGCCCCGGUGCCGGCUGCUGCACACGGCUCGUGGUCCAGGCCGGGAAGGUUGUUCCGCUGGGCUCUGUGGCAGUGCAGGUGUGUGGCGGAUUUGGAGGCCCUGCUCGAGCAGCAACAGCCGCCACCGCCCUCCCUGUUGCCUUAUCAUCAUCACCAGCAGCAGCCGUCCCAGCCGCACCAGCAGCAGCACCCCGUGGCGGAACCCCACCACCACCACCACCCACAACAACAGCUUCCCCCACUCGAAUCCCUCAGCAACGCCUCCCUGGCUUCCCUCGUCAGCCUCCUCCCGCGCCUGCCCGAAGCCUCCUCCCCCGGCGGUCGCCGCCUCAUCCGCCACCUCCUCACCCGCCGCAUCACCCCCCUGCUCAUGUCCCGCAAACAGCGGCUCGACGGGCCGGGAGCGGCCAUCAUGGCGGGUGCGCUGGCGCAGCUGGGGCGCGACGUGACCGACCCACGGGACGGUCGCUGCUGCGAUCUGACGGAGGUGCUGGCGGAGGCGGGUCUGGCGGCCUGCGAGCGGCCGCCGGAGGUGCUUUGGUGGGCGCAGCAACGGCGGGAGUGGCAGCGGAGGCAGCGGCGGGAG